UGUUAUUGAUCUUUCUUGGCGCUGGAGGAAGAGCCGGAGGAAACAAACAGCGCACCGGCUGGAAGACGCAGUGUCCGCUCGUGUGAGGAGUAAAGUGCGAUCUUUCGGGAUGGAGAUCCUGGCUGUCCUCUACCUGAGCAGCGCGGUGAUGGCGCUCGUGUCUACGGGAAGUGCCGCGCCCGCGCCCGCGCCCGAUCUCUACUCCCGGGGAAUGGAUUGGCUGAGCAGGUAUGGGUACCUUCCUCCCCCUGAUCCACGAACAGGAAGACUGCAGACCAAAGAAGGAAUGGAAAGUGCCAUCAGGCAGAUGCAGAGGUUCGCAGGCCUGAAGGAGACAGGCAAACUGGAUGAGGCCACACUAAAACAGAUGUCAAUGCCUAGAUGCUCACUGCCGGACAUUGUAAGCUCUGAGGACAGGCUAAGGAAGAGAAGGAAGAAACGUUACACUCUCGCUGGCUCCAGCUGGGAAAAGACUAAUCUUAGAUGGAGUGUCCUAAGCUAUCCCAGGCUUUUUUCUACACUCUCACCGAGUGAGGUGGAAUCAAUUCUGUUCCAUGCCCUUAAAGUGUGGAGUGAUAAUACCAACCUCCAAUUCCACUCUACCUCCAAAGAUGAGGCUAAACAGGCCGAAAUCCGAAUUUCAUUUGAACGCUCCCUCCAUGAUGACGGCUACCCUUUUGAUGGGAAGGGAGGCACGCUUGCUCAUGCCUUCUUCCCUGGCCAGGCUGAGAUUAAUGGGGACACACACUUCGAUGAUGAGGAGACAUGGACAUACAGGGAACCAGAUGGAGUCGGCACUGACCUCUUCACUGUGGCCGUGCAUGAGUUUGGCCAUGCACUAGGUCUCUCACACUCUUCUGCUGAUCCCUCCAUUAUGCGCCCAUACUACCAAGGCCCAGUGGGAGACAUUACCAGUUACAUACUUCCCAUGGAUGACGUGCAAGCCAUCCAGACACUGUAUGGAGUCAAAAUGAACAGUGCAACGAUUCCCCCUAGUGGUCCUUUAACACCACGUUUGCCUGAGCUACCCAAGACACCAAGACCACCUAGAGGGACUGUACAACCCAAUCCCGGCUACCCGGACCGCUGUGAGGGAGGAUUUGAUGCAGUGGCCAACAUCAGAGGAGAAGUCUUCUUUUUUAAAGGACCUUAUUUCUGGCGAAUGCAGCGAUCAGGGUCUUUGGUGUCACUCGCUCCUGCUUCAAUUAAAAAUUUUUGGAUGGGACUGCCACCUGGCACAAACAAGAUAGAUGCUGUUUAUGAGAAGAAGACUGAUGGUCACAUCAUCUUCUUUAUAGGUUCACAGUUCUGGGUUUUCAAGGACACCAUAGCAAUGCCUGGGUACCCACGCCCUUUGUCUGAAUGGGGCAUGAGAACUCGUGGUGGAAGGAUGGUGGAGCGAGUUGAUGCGGCAUUCGUUUGGGCCCACAAUGGCCACACGUACGUGUUCAGUGGUGAAGAGUUCUGGAGAUUCACUGAAAAUCAGGGACAAAUUGUGCCACGCCCUGAUGCGGACUACCCUAGAAGCGCCUCCCUCUGGAAGGGGGUGCCCAGCAGUCCUGAUGAUAUCAUAAGCUGGGGUAAAGCGGGAGAUACAUACUUUUUCAAGGGCAACUCCUACUGGGUUCUAAAGAGUGGGGGAUUGGAUCAGGAUGUAGUGAGUCCUAACUCAACAGCAACUGAUUGGAUGUUCUGUCCAACUUCAACAGCCGGCCCGUUACCGGUCACCCCUAAUUACCGCAAAUGCAAUUGUGGCAUUAACAAUGGGUCUUCAUUCACUGGACCUUCAUUGCUACUUCUUUCAAUGCUGCUUCUAAGUGUCCGUGUGCUGAUUUAGCCCAGGCUGAUUACUGAAUAAAUUUUUAGAUUUUCGUUGUUGUGUAUGCUAUUUAAUUACUAGCCCUAAAUUCAGAGUUAUGUUUACAAAGAAUUUGAAGCAAUUGAUCAAUUUAAUCAAGUAUGUUUAUGAUAAAUGUCAUUUGAAAAUAUGUCAAAUGAAAGUGCCUACAUUCAGCAAAGUACAGCGCUGUCACUUUUAAGUCUAUUAUGUUUCAAUCUGCAAAUAUCAUCUGUUCAUGGGGGGGGUGUAAAUCUAGACAUUUAUCAUUUCAUAUUAAUUCAUUCAGGGUGUUUUAAUAGGAAAAACCAUGUUACCUUUUUAAAUUAAAUGUAUUAUUUGUUAUCAUUAGAAAGUGAGUGACAAAGUAUUUAAGAUCCUUAAAUAUGCAAGUAUACAUAUGUAUUUAUUCUUUUAUUUAGUCCUCUGCUAAUGCUUUUUGAAGUGUUAAUGAAAAGCAUGAACUGAUUUACAACCGGUUCUAUCAAAGUUUUGGUGUAAAAUGUCUCGCCUUUCUUUGUGUA